UGAAAUUUUUCCAUCGUAUAAAAACCUUUGGAUUGCUUGUUCCUUUUUUCUUUACGUCUUUUCUUCCUCAAGCUUAUUUUCUCUCAAUGGUGCAACAUUCAGAGAACGAACCUCUUUUGGGUAAUUCAACCCACGGUCACCAUCAUGCCGAACCGACCUUUUGGUCCUCCUUUAAAGUGACAGCAACUUCCUCUUAUUUCAACCUCUUGCUCGUUUUCGUUCCUAUUGCCUUAGUAGUUUCCGGUCUGAACGCCUCGGAUACCGUGGUCUUUAGUUUGAACUUUAUUGCCAUUAUUCCUCUGGCCAAGUUGUUGGGUUUCGCUACUGAGGAAAUCGCUUUACGAAGUGGUAGCACCGUCGGCUCUUUAUUGAAUGCUACAUUUGGCAACGCUGUGGAACUUAUUUUGGGAGUCAUCGCCUUGAAAGAGGGUCUUAUCCGCGUCGUUCAAGCUUCCAUUUUGGGUUCCAUCCUUUCCAACAUUUUAUUGGUUCUUGGCUUCUGUUUCUUAUUGGGAGGAGCGACGCGAACCGAGCAAACCUUCAAUGUUACAGGUAAACUGGGAGCGACGAGGCUUGACCGAUCUCGGUGGAAGGGAUGAAAAUGGAAGUAUUGUGUGACCUUAACAUUUUCUUUUUGGAUUCAUAGCUGCACAAACGUCUUGUUCAU